GGAGGGCACCCCCUGAGGUGCGGAGGCCGCUACACCGGUCCGCUCGGGCCCACGGGGCCCUGCGUCGUGGAGGGGGAAGGGGCUUCAGCGGGCCGGGGGCGGCAGAUCACUGGCUACCGACGACCCCGCGAAUACCAGGCAUAAAGCAAGCAUUUCCUGGUUCACAGGCAGCUGGGUACCCCCACUUAAUAUUCUUGAGAGAAAAGAGCACACCAGGGAGACUAUAAUGAGUACUGACUGAUGACAUUGUCAGCUGCAUUAAGAGAGUCCACUGUUAGAGUGGUGCUUUUUCAAGAGAGAAAGAGCCCUGAACUCCCAAGUGUGGUGAGAGCAACCUCAUCUAAACUUGGAUCCUUGCCUUUCCAGUCUGUUUGCAUUUGAGCAAGUAAGGGGAAGAAUUUUAACCAGCUUUCGUCGCCUGCUGCUUGUUUGGUUUUGAGUUAAAAUCCAGAGGAAUACAGUUGUCAGGUGAGGUAUUCACAAUGCAACCACAGGAGUUAAUAACCUUCAAGGAUGUAGCUGUUGACUUCACCCAGGAAGAAUGGGCCCUGCUGGGCAAAUCCCAGAGAAAACUGUUCAGAGAAGUGAUGCUGGAGAAUAUCAAGCUUCUGGUCUCAGUAGGAUGUCAGGUCUGCAAAUCAGAUGUGCUUUCCCAGUUGGUACAAGGAGAGCAAGUGUGGAGAAAAGGAAUUGGAUUUCUCCAAAACCAGUGUCCAGGCAGAAAAAGUGCUUUUAAAAAACAAGAAAUGAUAUUCAUGCAACCUACCUGCAGGAAAGACAUGUCUAACAUCACUUCAUUGCAGUCAUCUCACACUCAAAAGAAUUCAUUUAAAUGCAAUUAUUUGCAAGAAGAUUCCGCUCAGAAAUCCACAGUGACUCAACGUGCAUUAAUUCACACAAGAAAGAAUCCAUAUUUCAGCAAACAACUUGGAAAAGUCCUCAGUGACCACUCAUCUGUUAAUGAACAUCAGCAGAUUUUCACUGAAAGUACAUCAGGUGAAUGUCAUCAAAGUGCUAAAGCUUUUAUUAAAAGCUCUAUCCAUGAACAAUACAGUGGAACUGAUGUUGAAGAUAAACCAUUUGGUUGCCUUCUAUGUGUGAAAACUUUCUUUAAAAUUUCUCAGCUUAGACAGCAUGAGCGAAUUCAUACUGGAGAGAAACCCUAUGAGUGUCACCUGUGUGGAAAAGCCUUUAGUCAAUCUUGUAAUCUUAUAAAACAUGGAAGAACUCACACUGGAGAGAAACCCUAUGAAUGUCAUCUAUGUGGGAAAACCUUUAGUCAGUCUUCUAAUCUUCGACAACAUGAGAAAACUCACACUGGAGAAAAGUCCUAUGAAUGUCAUCUAUGUGGGAAAGCCUUCGUUCGAUAUUCUCACCUUAGACAACACGUGAGAACUCACACUGGAGAGAAACCCUAUGAAUGUCCUCUGUGUGGGAAAGCAUUCAGUCGAUAUUCUCGGCUUAGACAGCAUGAGCGAUCUCACAUUGGUAAGAAACCGUACAAAUGUCUUGUAUGUGGAAAAUCUUUCAGUCGAUGUUCUCAGCUUAGACAACAUGAGAGAUCUCAUGCUGGAAGGAAACCCCAUAAAUGUCAUGUAUGUCGGAAAGUCUUCAGUCGAUAUUCUUACCUUAAACAACAUGAAAGAACUCAUACUGGGGAGAAACCGUUUGAAUGCAGUCUAUGUGGCAAAGCCUUCAGUCAGUGCUCUACCCUCAAAAAACAUGAGAGAACGCACACUGGAGAGAAGUCCUAUGAAUGCCGUGUUUGUGGGAGAGUCUUUAUUCGCUGCUAUGCCUUCAGACGACAUGAGAGAAUUCAUACUGAAGAGAAAACCCCUGAAUGUCACCAAUGUGGGAAAACCUUCACUCGCUAUUCUUAUCUUAAACAGCAUGAGAAGAUUCACACUGGAGAGAAACGCUAUGAAUGCCAUCUAUGUGGGAAAGCCUUCGUUCAUCCCUCUAACCUUAAACGACAUGAAAAAACUCACACGGGAGAGAAACCCCAUGAAUGUCAUCUAUGUGGGAGAGCCUUCAGUCGGUAUUCUUAUCUUCAACAACAUGAGAAAACUCACACUGGAGAGAGAAUCUAUGAAUGUCACCUCUGUGGGAAACCUUUCACUCAUAGUUCUGCCCUCAGGAAACAUGAGAGGACUCACAGUGGACAGAAGCCAUAAGAAUGCCAUCUAUAUGGAAAAUCUAAAUUUUUCUCACCUUAGACAACAUGAAAUUUUUCAAACUUGAGAGAAACCCUAUGAAUAUCAUGAAUGUAGGAAAGCCUUCAGUGAAUAUUCUGACCUUGAAUGGAAUGAGAGAACCCAAAUAUUUGAAAUGUGAAUGACAUUUCAGCCAUAGAUUUAAUCUUUAAACACACCAGAUAAUUCACAUAUUGGAGAAACACUAUUUUAAAUCAAUAUUGUAGUGCCUUUAGUCAUCCGUACUACUUCAGUUAACCUAAGGAAAUUCAUACAGGACAGAAUCCAUAUGAAUGUCAUCUAUGUUGCAAAUUCCUUAGUACAUUGUCUGGUGAUGUGCCAUAUGAGGGAGCUCACAAUAUGAAUCUAAUGGAAGUGUAGAGUCCUCAUCUACCACCCUAACUGAUAAGCAAACUGGGGAAAUCACAUAUGACAAAUUCUAUGUUUGUAAUCAACGUGGGAGUGCCUUAGUUCAUAAUUUAUCCAUUAUAUAAAAUCAGUGAUGUCCAUAGGAAUUGAAACACUAAAUAUAGGCCAAGAAAAGGUUGUCUUUUCUCAUCACUUCCAUUAUGCAGAGAUACAAUGGUGUACUUAGGUAAUUGUGCUGGUUUUGAAUUGUUAAGUACCCUAGAAAAUGCCAUGUUCUUUUUAGCCAUUCUUUUGGCUCUGGACCAGUGUUGGUGGGACAUUUUGAUUUGGUUGUUUCCAUGGAAAUGAGAGCCCACCAAUUCAAGGUGGGUCUUAAUCCCUUUGCUGGAGUCCUCUAUAAGAGAACCAAACUGAAACAGAUUUUGGUAUCAGAGAAGAGGGGUGCUGCAAUUUGCAAGAACCAAGAAUGCUGAAAGCAGCUUUAUAUAUGCAUAUGGGGACUAUUCUGGGAGAAUUGUCAGGAGCUUGAUCGGAAAGGCUUAAAUUGCUUUGAAGGGACUGUUGAUAGAAAUAUGGACUCGAAAGAUACUUCCAGUGGGGCAUUAGACCAAAAUCAUGAAUCUGUCAUCAUAAACUGAAAUGAAGGUGACUUGUUUUAAAGUGGCAGAGCAUUUGGCAAAAUUGAGUCCUGCUGUUAGACGGAAGGAAGGAUUUGAAAGCGACAAGCUGGGAUAUUUAGCUGAAGAGAUUUCCAGACUAAACGUGGAAAAUAACAGCCUGGCUUUUCCUUGCAGCUCACAGUAAAAUGCAAGAGGAAAGAGGUAAGCUGAUAACCAAACUCUUGAGUACAAGGAAACCAGAAACUAAUGGUUUGGAAAAUUCUGGUCUUUCGUAAUGUGAGACCCCAGAGGCUAGUGCCCCAUGUGUGGAUUUAACCAAAUCUGGAAUAGCCACUUAGCUAUGUCAGUGGAAAUUGGUAUUGGAAAUGCAGCUAUCCGGAAAGGAUUUGUGGAAGGUUUGUUGUCUGAUGGCAUGGACCCCUGUAUGCUGUAUAUGAAACCAACAGGUUUUUUUUUUACAGCAUCUGAAUAACAGAACCAUUGCCGGUCUGAAAUAAAGAGACAAAAAAACGGAUAGAUUAAAGGAAAAAUGACUUCAAAGGCAGAAUCAUGGAAGCUAAGUCUGGAGUUAAGACACUUCAGACCAGGACAGUGGAUGAACCCAUGUACGUGGAGAGGAUGAGUUUGCCUCAGUGAUCCUAAGGGCCAGGCCUUCCACUUCUUUUUUCAGGAAAAGUAUUGCUGCCCCAGGCCUCAAAGAGGAUGGAGCACAUUCCCUGGCGAUUGGGGAGAGCCUGUUCCCUGCAGGUGGUAGAGUCAAGGUGCCACCGCAUUGCUUGAGGAGCAUGGGUCUGAGAACAAGGUGAUCUUCCCAGUGCUUGACUAUAUUGGAGCAAUCACCCCAAAGGUUGGAAAGAACAGGGCCACUGUGCAGGCCCUGGAAAUGGUGCAGCUGAUACUUUCUCAAGCCGGAGGAUAAAGCGUCUUUCUGUAGAUGACUCUCAGACUUUGAAAUCGAAUGGAAUUUGUCCUGCAGGUUUUCAGAUCUGUUUGAGACCUUUGACCUGUUUUCCUUCCUGUUUCUCUCUAUGACAAUGGAAACAUUUUUCCUAUAACUAUUCCUCCUUUGUAUAUUGGAAACAGAUAACUUGUUCUAAGUUUCACAGGUCCACAGCAAGAGGAGAAUUUUGCCUUAGGACAAUCCAUGCCUGUAACUGAUUUUGAUAAGCAUCUGUACUUUUUAU